AUGAAGGGCAAAAACGGAUUAGUGAGGCUGAAGUUCAUAUUAAAAAUUCAAAGAGCUAUUAUAGUUGGGUAAUACAAAAACCCUCAGAAAAUAAUUAAAAGCAUAAGACUUAAAUUGAAUAUAUUAUGCAAUAUAUAUGUAUCGGUGAAUUAAAAAACAGAAAUAAUAAAAAACAAAAACAAAAAAAUUAAUUAAAUUGAAUAUUUUAUUUGCUCACCUUUUAGUAUGAGAAAUUUGAGUGUUUUACUUAUUUUAGGAUUAAUUAUAAGUUAAGUCUAUUGUGGCUGCGCUUAUACAAACGGAUAUGGCUAGUACAGUGGAUCUUGUUACAAUAAUUGUUAAGAUUUUGCCAAACUGUCUGAUGCUUUUGCUGCAUGUGACGCUUCUAAUAAUUGUGGUGGUGUUUCCUAUAGUUAUAAAUCAAUUGGUGGUAGUGCUGCUACUAAUGCAAUUGGUAAUGGAUGGGGUUAUCAACUCAGAGCUUCAAAAACAGGUAGUAAAUCUCCAAACAAGGAAAAUUCCUGGUUAAAGUCUACUUGCCCUGAUCCUCAAACUACUUUCGAUCCCUGCGAUUAUACUUAAGGUUAAGGUGUUUUCUUAGGAGGCUGCAAUUAAAAUUGCAAAGAUUUCUCAAAUUUGAAUGAUGCUCUUGCUGCUUGUAGAGCUGAUUCUUCCUGUGGUGGUGUUACCUUCUCCAGAAAAGAUAUUGGUGGUGGUGCUGCUACUAAUGCUUUUGAUGGUGUUUGGGGUUUCUAGUUAAGAGCUGGAACUACUUUCUAACUUUCACCAAAUGGAGAAAACUCAUGGGUUAAAUCUAAGUGCCCUGUUUAAUAAGUUUAAGGAACUUACUGUAACUAUUCUAAGUAAUCUUAUCAAACCUUUGCAAGCUUGAUUCAAGCUGCUUCAUAUGCAAGUGAAUCUUUAGCAUUGGCUGCAUGUGACUCUAGAAGUGAUUGCGUUGGUGUUCUUUAAAGCUAAGGAACAUUCUACCUAGCUACUGGCUCUUCAUCUCCUAGUGCUAAUAACAGCGUUGCUUACACAAGAGGAACCUGCAAUGUUGUUGCUAACCCUAUCCUCUUCAGUGGAUGCAAUUUCACAGGUGAUUAAGUCUAAAUAACUCAAGAUAUUUCAAAGAUCGAUUUGAGUAAAUACAAGAGUUUGUAUGUUCCUGCUGGUAAGUAUGUCAGAUUCUACUCCCAAGAAAAUUACAAGGGAUCUUCUAACGACAACAAGAAUUCUAUCUACUGCUAAGGAUCAGGCUUAGUUUCUGCUUUCAUUUAAACCGCUCAUUCCUACGGUAAAUCUUACGAAACUUCAAUCUAAGUUAGAGAUCUCUUCACUGCCAAUAAGAUUUCCAGAAAACUUAAACCUAAUCAAAACUGA